CUCCAGCCUGGGGCUCGCUCCUCCCCUCGAGCUGCCGCGGCGGGCCCGGGCGGCUGGGGGUGCAGCGGGUGCGCGGCCGGAUCGAGCCCGGCCCGCAGCAUGGCCUGGACCAAGUACCAGCUCUUCCUGGCCGGGCUGAUGCUGGCCACCGGCUCCAUCAACACCCUCUCGGCCAAAUGGGCUGACAACUUCAGUGCGGGGGGCUGCGGUGAGACUGCAGAGCACAGCUUCCAGCAUCCCUUCCUCCAGGCCGUGGGAAUGUUCCUGGGCGAAUUCUCCUGCCUGGCCGCCUUCUACCUCCUGGUCUGCAGGGACCAGCGGAGAGCAGAGCCCAGCCUGGCCCCCGCGCAGCCCUUCAACCCGCUGCUCUUCCUGCCCCCGGCGCUGUGCGACAUGACCGGGACCAGCAUCAUGUAUGUUGCCCUGAACAUGACCAGCGCCUCCAGCUUCCAGAUGCUGCGCGGGGCAGUGAUCAUCUUCACCGGGCUGCUCUCGGUGGCCUUCCUGGGCCGCAAGCUGGUGCCGAGCCAGUGGCUGGGGAUCUUGGUCACCAUGGCCGGGCUGGUGGUGGUGGGGCUGGCGGACAUGCUCGGCAGCCGCGACGAGACGCACAAGCUGAGCGAGGUCAUCACAGGUGACCUGCUCAUCAUCAUGGCCCAGGUGAUCGUCGCCAUUCAGAUGGUGCUGGAGGAGAAGUUCAUCUACAAACACGACGUGCACCCGCUGCGGGCCGUCGGCACAGAGGGUUUCUUUGGCUUCGUCAUCCUGUCCCUGCUGUUGAUCCCCAUGUACUACAUCCCAGCGGGCAGCUUCAGUGGCAGCCCACGGCGGGUGCUGGAGGACACGCUGGAUGCCUUCUGCCAGAUCGGCCGCCAGCCCCUCAUCGCCCUGGCCCUGGCGGGCAACAUCAGCAGCAUCGCCUUCUUCAACUUCGCUGGCAUCAGCGUCACCAAGGAGAUCAGCGCCACCACCCGCAUGGUGCUGGACAGCCUGCGCACCGUGGUCAUCUGGGCCGUCAGCCUGGCCGUGGGCUGGGAGACCUUCCACGGCCUGGAGAUCCUGGGUUUUCUCAUCCUCCUGGCCGGCACCGCUCUCUACAAUGGCCUGCACCAGCCCCUGCUCGCCAGGCUGCCCUGGCGCUGGCCCCCGGUGGGUGCCGUGGGCUCUGAGGCCGAGAGGGAGAACCUGCUGGGAGGGGAGAGGGCACCCAUCAAUGACGACAGCUGAGGAGCCGGACCCCAUGGGGCGUGGACGCCAGAUCCUCGCCCCUCCCCAGCCCCCUGGCACAGACUGGGACACUGAGCCCCCCUCUCUGUGCUCUGUUGGCUCUACUGGGCAUGGCUCUUCUGGGGCUCGAUCCGGCUCCUCCGGGAUUCGGAGAGUGAAGAUCACUAGAAGUGCUCCCCCUCCCGAUUAAAAUGCCUCUCUCCAUCCCCAGCGGAGGCCCUGCCCUGCCCCCGGCGCACACGGGUUAUCCGCCCCUUCCUCCCAGGGGGUCGCAGUGACAUCCUGUUCUGUGGGGUCCCCCCCCUUCUCCCUGACUCUGCCGCCUGCCUGGCUGCACGACCCAGGGCUGUGCCAGGAUGGGUUGAUGGACCAGCAUGGGCGAGCGCACAUCAGACCAAUGCGGGGAGCUGCUGCCUCUGAAGGAGACACCUGGGCUCAGGGCCAUUCAUGCACUUGCUGGUGACCUUCAUCGGGGGCACCUUCACCUUCUCCCCUGCCCCCCAAGGAGGAGGAAUUGCUCUACCCACCUAGUGCCUGCUCCACCUGCAGCAUCUGACGGUGUAACUGGAGGAAACCGUUCUGCUAGGCUAGUGGGAUAGGCCCAUGGCCCCUAUUCUGUCCGCUUGCAGAUGGAGCCUGGAGGAGCACUGGACUCAUGGACUAGCCUGGGAGGCCCCAUGAGAGCAUCUGUGGAGGGCAACCGCUUCUCUGCAACACCUGCUCUGUGUUAGCCGCACACGCCAGCCCUCCCUGGAGGCGUAAGAGUGGAACGCGGGCCGGGGGCUUGUUGGUUCCAUGGUGCCCCAAGCCCAGGUUGAAGGCGGGGCCCUGAUCUGCGGGGGCUCACCCUUCUCCCUUGUAUAGCUGGGAAGGAGGGAGUGGUGCUUUCGUCUCCCAGCAAGUGCCUACUCUCCCACGCAUGGAGGUCUCUAUUCCCCUCCCCUGGAAGCUCUUUGCCUUGGCCAUCUCCGGGCACAGAGCUGAAGCCGUCUGCAGGGUGGGGCCCUGUUUGCUGCACCCAGCGUGGCGUUGGGGGACUUUAAUGCUGCCUGCUGGCCCCUAGGAGCUGGGCUGCAGGGGGCCAGUGGAGCACAGGUGGCUGGCAGGGGCGCGCCGUGCCAUGUGCAGGAAGAUGUGCCAUUCCACACGUGUGUGCAAGGUGUGACCUUGUGCAAACAGCCUGUGCAAAGUCAUGCUGAGUGGAGGGGGGCCAUUUUGUUCUACUAAAUGGUGUCCUCCCUGCAGGGGCUGGGUGGAAUCGGUUGUAGGGCUGGGGCAUGCAGUGUGUACAUAGGCACCCAGGUUCCCGCCCUGCUCCCUCUGUUGAUGGGAAGGUCGUCACGCCAGGCAGGGAGCGCUCGAAGCUGCUGGACUCACCCCAGCCAGGGCGCUCGCAGCCUGACCCGCCCUGCAGCGGGGGUGAUACGGGCGUGGCCUGGCCAGAGAGGGACAUGAUGCCCGUCUUGCCGUGGAGCACUGAGCAGCGUCUCUUAUAACCAGUAAAGCCCAGACCUGGGAGCCCCGUCUGCAGCAGCUGCCUGGGGUUGGGGGAGAAGCUUGGGUCUUGUCUCCCUUUUACCGGAAUCAAUCACCCUCCUGUGGGGCUUUCUCUGCCUGCUGCACCCAGGGCGGUUCUCUGUUCCCAGCGGCCAGCUUCCCCCUCCUGCCUCCUCCCAUGCAGAGCUGAGCCUUUACAGGGGCUCCGCUGUCCCUCAAUGUGCUUGAAGUGGCCCAGGGCCUUGCCCCGAGGUACCUCCCCAGGCCCGUCCUCAUUGCUUUCCCUGCCCCUUCCAGCACAGGAGGGAGGUGGUCACAUUUCAGAGCCACCGCGCCUGUAUUCCCCCUUCAGCGAGGACACCUGCUCUCAGCCCCCUGGCUCCCGAGACUGCUACUGCUCUGGGGUGGAGCCCCCUCUCUCUCACUUCUGACCAGGGUUCCCUCAGUUGUGCCCAGCACGGACAGGCUGCCCCGGCAGGCCUGCUUGCUUUCGCCCCUGAGCUGGUUCCCAGUGACUGCCAAUUGUACGGCACUUCCUCUGCUGGCCUAUUUUAGGGUUAAGGUAAAGGCACUGCAGAGAAACCAUUACAGGAACCUGCGUGCACAGCUCCCCCCGCCCCCACCUCCCAUGUGCUCUGAGUCCUUCACCGCCACACUCCGGGGGUUUCCGUCUGGGUUCUAGCUCGUCAUGGCUUAGCUCGCAUCAAGCACCCAGUCUUAGGGGGCCUGGUCCUUCCCACCCCUGCCCUGAGGAUUGGGACCCGCUGUGGACCAGAGGUCCUGUCUAUGCUGGCUCAGGAGGAAGGCCCUGCAUGUCUUUAAAAUCAGGUUAUUUAUCCAGAAAUCCUUUCUUUGGCCCCUGGAGAAUGGAGUUUGUAUUGCAUUUCUCCCCAGGGGCUGGCUUCAAAGGGCUGAUAACCGGAGGAACUAGGAUGGCAUCCCCCCCUCCAGAUGCACAAUUGCAUGUUUAACACAAUGAACCCCGUGGUAUUAACCCUCCUUCACUAACGUUUAACUCCUCUCAGUAAUGUGACUCUGAAUUCCCCAAGGCUUGGCCUGACCCUGUUCGGCAGGAUCCUGGCUGUAGGGAGCUGAACGGGUCGGGAGCCUGGGUUUUCUCUCUUCUCUCUCCUCUGCAUUUCUCCUCCCCAGCUCGCUAAUUCCCUCCUUCCCAGACACCCUCCCAACCUCCAAUAAAAUUCAAAAUCUUUCUCCCUUACACAAUGGAGGAAAAGCAGCCCCUCUGUCCAUUGGCAUGUGCCCCCUCCGCCCACCUGCUUUCCUGUUUGGUUUGUGGGGCUCAGGCCAAGUGUGCACCACCUGGCUUCUGCCAGCAGGCCGGGAGCUGAUCUGCCCUGGUGUAGUGCAUGCCGGGUGGGAUCCUCCAUCCCCAGGCCCCAGUCAGCUCUGGAAGCUGAUUUCCUUCCUGGUAGCCAGCUGUGUGCAAUCCCUUACGUACACCCUUCACCACCCGCAUGUCAGCAGCGUGGCAGGCACUGGUACAGAGAGGGCCUUGCCCAGGUUUGGGGCUGCUAUGAUGGAUGUUGCAUCCCCCAAACCUUCCAGCUUUGUGGAAAUGCGCACUUCCAGCACAUCCCCGGGGAGAGGAGGGGGCGAGUUACUUGGGCCAAGAGGGGUAGAGAAGCUGCACGCAGGGCCUGCUGGGCUCCUAUGAUGUGGAAGUGCAGCCUGGGGAAGCUAGCAGCCUUGGAGCCGAUGCUGGGGCAAAGCACCUUCUGGCUGGGUUGGCAGAGAUGCUCCCCCUUGGCAUGUCACCUCUGCAGGCUCUGCCCUGUGUGUCUUGGCUGGACAGGGCACUGCUGCUGUGGCCCCACUCUGCCACCUGGGGGCACUGUGCACAGCCUGCAGCAGGUGCUCCGAUGUCAGGCUGAUGGGCGGCUCUUGAAGGCCCUAGGAUAGAGGAGGCUGCAGCAGAGGGUCCUGGAGCGUCCCUUGCAAUGUAAUGCUCUGCACAGCAGUGUCUGGGGCCCUUUCCCUGGAUCAGGGACCCCCACCCCCAUCUCCUGCAGGUGGUGCUACCAAUCUGACACCUCUUUCCCCUCAGUAAGAAGCAUAAGGAGACCAUGACUGGGGCCUUGGGCUUCCUUGCAGAGCUGGGGGCAAAUGCACCCCGGGUCAAUGGCUCACCGGGGGGGGGGGGGAUUUGGCCCUGGGGAGUGGGCCAAAGGAAGGCAGAUGCACAAAUUAAGUCCUGCUUGUGGGACUUGGGGGCUGCCUUGGCCUUGCACUGGCCCUCAACCCAGGGCUGAAUUCCCAUUGAGGAACCCCUGUCGCUAGGUGAAGGGCAGGGGGGUUCUCUGGACUGCCAUGCCGCAUAGCCUCCUUCUCUUAGGAACUCCCUCUGCGGUGUCUGUAGCUCUCAACAGUUCACAUGCAGGCUUGCUGCACAUGUGCAACUUACUGGGGUGGUGCUUGGAGCAUCUCCUAUCAGGAUUGUGGCCCUGUUACGCUAGGUGCUGUACAGAUCCUUAGGGAGAGAGAGCCCCUGGCCUGAAGUAUAAGGUAGGAGGCAGCAGGCGAAUACAACGAUCAGGAUGAGCAAGGAAACCAUAAGCUAAUGAUGAGAGGAAGGAUAGCUUUGGGUUUGGAAGACAGGAGUUCAAGUCUUUACUCCAACAUAGAUUCCCUGCAGGCACUUGAGCUACACACUUAGCCUUUCUGUGCCUCAGUUUCCCCUCCCUAAAAUAGGAAUGAUAGCACUCUGCCCUACUUCACAUUUCAGGACAGCAAAGAUUGGGCACAUGUGUUUCGGUUUAAAGAUCAUGAGGUACUCAAAUGCCAUGGUGGUGGGAGCCUUAUAAAAUAGGUGGGUUUGGAAGGGUUAGAUUUAUGUCGGCAAACGUCAAUUUCACCAGACUCACAAACUGAGCAAACGAUGUUUUCAUCAAUAACAAUCAAAAUGUACAUAUUGUCAAAAUAAGAAAAAAGCUGCUUGAAAACUUGCAGUUAGAGUGAAAAUCCAGGGCUUUAGAGUUUGGAAUUAGGCUGGUUACAAAUGGCCGCAGCAAUGAACAAUAAAACCAGAUUUGCUUUGUUGAUUCAAGGAUAGUUUGGAUGUGUCUUUUGACAUGUGACAUUUACAAUUUGUCUUUGAACAGUUUAUAAAGCUUUCACUUCUUGAAUUAUUAUUAAUGUCGACUGCCAUUAAAUAAGUGCCGGCCCCUCCUCACCGUGAUCUCCCACAAUUGUGAACAUUUAAAUUGAUAAACAUCAAAAAAUACUUCAGAAUAAAACACAGAGAUUAGCCACGGACACUGUAAAAAAAAAAUUAAGUUCUGCCAA